AUGGGCCGCCCAGAGCGGGGCGCGCUCCGGCCGCUGGCGCUGUUGCUGCUGCUGCUUCAGCUUCAGCAUCUCUCCGCGGCGGAUCCGCUGCCUGGCGGCCAAGGGCCGGUCAAGGAGUGUGAAGAGGACCAGUUUCGGUGUCGGAACGAGCGCUGCAUCCCCUCGGUGUGGAGAUGCGAUGAGGACAACGACUGCUCGGAUAACAGCGACGAGGACGAUUGCCCCAAGAGGACCUGUGCAGACAGCGACUUUACCUGUGACAAUGGCCACUGCAUCCCGGAGCGGUGGAAGUGUGACGGCGAGGAGGAGUGUCCCGAUGGAUCUGAUGAGUCAAAGGCUACCUGUUCCAGUGAAGAGUGUCCUGCUGAGAAGUUAAGCUGUGGACCCAGCAGCCACAAGUGUGUGCCUGCCUCAUGGCGCUGCGAUGGAGAGAAGGACUGUGAGGGUGGAGCUGACGAGGCUGGCUGUCCUACCUUGUGCGCCCCGCACGAGUUCCAGUGCAGCAACCGCUCUUGCCUGGCCUCUGUGUUCGUGUGCGAUGGCGACGAUGACUGCGGUGACGGCAGUGACGAGCGCGGCUGCUCGGACCCGGCCUGCCCGCCCCGCGAGUUCCGCUGUGGAGGAGGUGGCACCUGCAUCCCUGAGCGCUGGGUCUGCGACCGCCAGUUCGACUGCGAGGACCGCUCAGAUGAGGCGGCUGAGCUCUGCGGGCGAGCGGGCCAGGGGACCACGGCCACGCCAGCAGCCUGCGCCCCUACCACCCAGUUCACCUGCCGCAGUGGCGAGUGUAUACACCUGGGCUGGCGCUGUGAUGGCGAUCGCGACUGCAAGGACAAGUCUGACGAGGCCGACUGCUCACUGGGACCCUGCGGCGAGAAUGAGUUCCAGUGUGGGGAUGGGACUUGCGUUCUUGCAAUCAAACGGUGCAACCAGGAGCGGGACUGCCUGGACGGGAGUGACGAAGCAGGCUGCCUGCAGGAGUCAACUUGUGAGGGUCCCCGCAGAUUUCAGUGUAAGAGUGGCGAGUGCGUGGACGGCGGGAAAGUGUGUGAUGAUCAGAGGGACUGCCGGGACUGGUCGGAUGAGCCUCAGAAAGUGUGUGGGCUGAACGAGUGUCUGCACAAUAAUGGCGGCUGUUCCCACAUCUGCACGGACCUCAAAAUCGGCUUUGAGUGCACAUGCCCAGCAGGCUUUCAGCUCUUGGACCAGAAGACCUGUGGUGACAUUGAUGAAUGCCAGGACCCAGAUGCCUGCAGCCAAAUCUGUGUGAAUUACAAGGGCUACUUUAAGUGUGAAUGCCACCCUGGUUAUGAGAUGGAUACUCUGACCAAGAACUGCAAAGCUGUAGCUGGCAAGAGCCCAACCCUAAUCUUCACGAACCGACAUGAGGUGCGGAGAAUAGACCUGGUGAAGCGGGACUACUCGCGCCUCAUCCCCAUGCUCAAGAAUGUCGUGGCAUUGGACGUGGAAGUAGCUACCAAUCGAAUAUACUGGUGCGACCUUUCCUACCGCAAGAUCUACAGCGCCCACAUGGACAAGGCCAGUAUCCCGGACGAGCAGGUGGUCCUCAUUGAUGAGCAGCUGCAUUCUCCAGAGGGCCUGGCGGUGGACUGGGUCCAUAAGCACAUCUACUGGACAGACUCAGGCAAUAAGACCAUCUCAGUGGCCACAACCGAUGGACGCCGCCGCUGUACUCUCUUCAGCCGUGAACUCAGCGAGCCCCGAGCCAUUGCCGUGGACCCCCUGAGAGGGUUCAUGUACUGGUCUGACUGGGGCUUCCAGGCAAAGAUUGAGAAGGCUGGACUCAACGGUGCAGACCGGCAAACACUGGUUUCAGACAACAUUGAAUGGCCCAACGGAAUCACGCUGGACUUGCUGAGCCAGCGUUUGUACUGGGUGGACUCCAAGCUGCACCAGCUAUCCAGCAUUGACUUCAACGGAGGCAACAGAAAGAUGCUGAUUUUCUCCACUGACUUCCUGAGUCACCCUUUUUCGGUAGCUGUAUUUGAGGACAAGGUAUUCUGGACGGAUCUGGAGAACGAGGCCAUUUUCAGCGCAAAUCGUCUCAACGGCCUGGAAAUCUCCAUCCUGGCUGAGAACCUCAAUAACCCACAUGACAUUGUAAUCUUCCAUGAGCUGAAGCAGCCAAAGGCUGCAGAUGCCUGCGAACUGAGUGCCCAGCCCAAUGGCGGCUGUGAAUACCUGUGCCUUCCUGCUCCUCAGAUCUCCAGCCACUCUCCCAAGUACACGUGUGCCUGUCCUGACACAAUGUGGCUGGGCCCAGACAUGAAGAGAUGCUACCGAGCCCCUCAGUCUACCUCAACUACAACCUUAGCCUCUGCCAUGACAAGGACAGUACCCGCUACCACAAGAGCCCCUGGGACAACCAUCCACGACCCUACCUACCAGAACCACAGCACAGAGACGCCAAGCCACACAGCUGCCGUCCCUCACUCAGUUAACAUCCCUAGGGCUCCCAGUACCAGCCCGUCCACCCCGAGCCCUGCAACGAGCAACCACUCCCAGCACUAUGGGAAUGAAGGCAGCCAGAUGGGUUCAACAGUCACCGCUGCUGUCAUUGGGGUCAUCGUGCCCAUAGUGGUAAUAGCCCUGCUGUGUAUGAGUGGGUACCUCAUCUGGAGAAACUGGAAGCGGAAGAACACCAAGAGCAUGAAUUUCGACAACCCAGUGUACAGGAAAACAACAGAAGAGGAAGAGGAAGAUGAACUGCACAUAGGGAGGACGGCUCAGAUUGGCCAUGUCUAUCCCGCACGAGUGGCAUUAAGUCUUGAAGAUGAUGGACUGCCCUGAGGAUGGGCCCACCCACUUCGUGCCUCAUGGAGUUCAGUCCUAUGCACUACUCUCUCUGGAUGGUGUGUGAUUGGAUGAAUGCCAUUUCUAUAUAUGGGUCUGUGUGAGUGUGUGUGAGUGUGUGUGACUUUUUUUAAAUUUAUGUUGCGGAAAGGUAACCACAAAGUUAUGAUGAACUGCAAACAUCCAAAGGAUGUGAACGUUUUUAUAUGUAUAAUGUUUUAUACACUUUUUAACUGGUUGCACUACCCAUGAAGAAUUCAUGGGACAGCCACUGCUGAGUGACUAACAUGAUGCACAUAACCAAACGGGGCCAAUGGUACAAACUUUACUCAUCAUUUGAAUACAGUAUUUACAGAGGAUGUUUGAUUUGAGAGCUUUUUUAGGUUUGAGGAGCUUGGGUUUUUUUUGUAAAUAAAAUUAUGCUUUGUGGCUAUCCAUCAACAUAAGUAUAAAAAGAAAGAACACUUCAACUCCCUUCCCCAGUUAGACUAUUUAUUAACAUAUCUCAAAAGUAAGGUUAGCUCUAUAAAUAAUUUAGAGAAGCGAGAGUAUUUAUUUUUGGUAUGAUUGGCCCACUGCACAGACUCUGUGUUUAUGUGUGUGUGUUUGUAUGAGAGAAAAAAAAUCUGUAGAGAGGCACGCUUAUGACUAUUGUUCAAAUACAUAAAAACAGUUAUUUUAAAAUAGUCGACAACACACAAGGGGUGUCUAGUUUUCAGAGACACCUUCAGAAUCUUUGCUCAGAAAACAGAUGCCACGGUUUGUGCAGAUGUGUGGUCAGAAAGGUAGAUCUUUUCACCUCUGGCUACUCCUGAGGCCCUGAUGAGCCAGCAAAAAGCUUCUCGGUUCUUCUGUGGCUGUCAUGAUGCCUACCUAGGCUUUCUGAUCAGUGUACAGAUACUGCACAGUGCUACAAGCCUUCAUGAGCUCAAGAUGGCAGAGUCCUUUCAAAAUUCAGCUCUCAGUGAGGACUCUGGUCAACUUCAGUAAGCUUCCCCUGAAGCUUGAAGGCUGAGCUUUAGAGUAGCCGUUCUCAACCUUUGUAGGUCAAAACUCUCCCACAGGGGUCGCCUAAGAACACGGUAAACAUGGACACUUACAUUAUGAUUCAUAACAGUAGCAAAAUUACAAUUAUGAAGUAGAAAUAAAAGCAAUUUUAUGGCUGGGGGUCAGUACGACAUGAGGAACUGUAUUAAAAUUUUUGAAGCAUUAGGAAGGUUGAGAACCACUGCUCUAGAGCCAAGUGAAGGCAUUUCUAGGGUUCCCAAGUUUACUGUAAGGACUGGCUCAGGCUCUGAACCUCUAAGUCAUGUGAAUGAGGACAAAGAUUUUGGAAUAGGUUUGGUUGCAUCUAUUUCUCAUCCCCUUACAUUCCACCAUUUUUCCUUCAUAGGGGAACAUUUUAAAAUAAGAAACAUGUUUCUUACCACUGUAUGUUCACAUGGAUUAGACUAAGUCCAAAAAGGUGACUAUGUCCAAAUUUAUAUUUUGGGGAAAUACCAUGAGAUAUUAUAGCAUAUUAGGUAUGUGUCCACACAAGGAUUUGUUUCACUGCUUUAUAAAUAAAAGGAAAAACUCUGGGUA